AUGAAAUUCACCACUUCUCUCGCUCUCUUCAGCGCUGUUGCGCUCACCAACGCGCUUGCUAUCCGCCAGAGCAACGCCCAGACCUUCACUGGUGCGCUUGGCGGCAUUGCUGCUACGCCCAUCGAGGACUCGGGGGAUGCGAAGCGCCCUUUUUCCGUGAAGGGAGAUACUUUCGUCAACCUCGGCGCCGCCGUGCAGCGUUCUUGCGAUCAGCAGUUCAACGCUUGUGCCAACCUUGCCAACGGUGGUAGCCAGAGUGUUGCGUUCGCGGACUGCACUGCGCAAAAGAACCAGUGCGAUGCCGCUGGAGCCGCCUAA